GCGGCGGCGGCGGCGGGCGCCGUGGCCCCGCUCCCCGGAAAGAGCGGCGAGGAGCGGCUGAAGGAGAUGGAGGCCGAGAUGGCCCUGUUCGAGCAGGAGGUGCUGGGGGCCCCGGCGUCCGGGCUGCCCGCCCCCGAGCCCGUCCCGGCCGUCCCCGUGAUCCGCCCCAUUAUCGCCACCAACACCUACCAGCAGGUGCAGCAGAGCUUGGAGGCCCGGGCCGCGGCCGCCGCCACCGUGGUUGCCCCAAUCGUGGGGCCCCCCGUGCCCUUUGUGGGCCCAGUGGGAUUCGCCACCAGUGACCGGAGUCGCCUAGACAGCCCAGAGGCCCGAGAUGCGCUGUAUCUGCGAAGGACAGCCGUCCCCCCCCAGCGCCCUCCGAUCCUGCGUCCAGCGUUCGUCCCCCACGUCCUUCAGCGAGCAGCAGGAGGACCCCGCCCUAUGGCUCUGCGACCCCCACACCAGGGCCUCGUGGGUCCUCCCCUGGCCGGCCCUCCCAUGAUGAUCCCUGCCAUGGCCCGAGCCCCUGGCCCCGCAAUGGGGACAAUGGGCACUCUGAGGACCACCACGGAGGAGACCCCUCAUGAGUUGGCGCUGGCCCUGGGCCUGGGCCUGAAGGAGAAGGAAGCGGAGGGGCCCGUUGGCCCUGGACUGGAGGAGGUGGCGGGCGCGGGCACGGGGGCGGCAGGCGGAGCCCUGGGUGGGGCCGGGGCCUCGGUGAUCGGGCCGAGCCUGCCCCUGCCCAUGGCCCUGCCCCUGCCGGAGCCCGAGCCGCUGGCCCUGCCCUUGCCGCUGGAGGUGGUGCGGGGGCUCCUGCCCCCCCUGCGCAUCCCCGAGCUGCUGUCUCUGCGGCCCCGCCGGCCCCCCCGGCCCGAGCCACCCCCCGGCCUCAUGGCCAUCGAGGUGCCGGAACCCAUGGGGGAGGACAAGAAGAAGGGGAAGCCGGAGAAGCUGAAACGCUGCAUCCGCACGGCCGCUGGGAGCAGCUGGGAGGACCCCAGCCUGCUGGAGUGGGACGCAGACGACUUCCGGAUCUUCUGCGGGGACCUGGGCAACGAGGUGAAUGAUGACAUCCUGGCUCGGGCCUUCAGCCGCUUCCCAUCCUUCCUCAAGGCCAAAGUCGUGCGGGACAAGAGAACCGGCAAGACCAAGGGCUACGGCUUUGUCAGCUUCAAGGACCCCAACGACUAUGUGCGGGCCAUGCGUGAGAUGAACGGGAAGUACGUCGGUUCGCGCCCCAUCAAGCUGCGGAAAAGCAUGUGGAAGGACCGGAAUCUCGACAUCGUCCGCAAGAAACAGAAGGAAAAGAAAAAGCUCGGGCUCAGAUAGCCCCUUGUUUGCCCCUAUCUCGGUCCCUGCAGAACCAUCUCCCUCUUUCCACGCACCUCCUCUUCCCCUCCUCCCCACCUCCUCUUCUCUCUUCCCCCACCCCCCUUUCCCCCAUACCCCCCUCCCACCAGAACCUUGGGGUCUUGAGUGCUCUAAGGUUGGGGAGGGGAAGGGCUGGUUUGUCUUUCUGGAUCUGAAUAAACUGAAGCAAAUUUCCACACUG